GGUGGACCUCCUCUCCAUCAUUCAAUCGUUCCGUAAGCUACUUGCCGCCUGCCACUAAGGUAUUGUGCCCAUCACCAUCAUUGCUCUUGCCUCCAUAACAUAUUUGGGACACUUCUCUCAAAGUUUUCGUUCUGACAGAGUUCCAUUGACCGUCGAAUUCUCUUCCCACGAUUCACUGGCCAGCGAGGCCACCCCGACAAGAUGGCGCAGGACGACAAGAAGCCGACCGCCGCAGACAAGGGCAAGGGCAAGGCAGAUGAUGUUCCCAUGUCAAACGGAGGUCAAGAUGCACACACAGGGAAGGAAAAGCCGAAACAGGCCGAUGGCAAGGUUGAGGCGCCGGCCGAGGAAGAGCUCAGCGAGGAGGAUCAACAACUCAAGAGCGAACUAGAGAUGCUGGUGGAACGAUUAAAAGAAGACGAUGCCAGCUUGUAUAAGCCUGCAAUGGAUGCAAUCAAGAACUUCAUCAAGACCUCUACCUCCUCGAUGACCGCCGUACCAAAACCACUCAAAUUCCUCCGACCUCACUACGAUGAGCUCGCCGCUCUCUACGACAAAUGGCCCGCAGGCCCUGAUAGAGAUUCACUAGCCGACAUGCUUUCGGUGCUGGGCAUGACAUACGGAGAUGAAGAGAAGCUUGAAACACUCAAGUACAGGUUAUUGUCAAAGUCGGACGAUCUUGGUUCUUGGGGUCACGAAUACAUCCGGCAUCUUGCUCUUGAGAUCGGUCAAGAAUACCAGAAUCGACUAAAUGAUGAAAGAGAAGUCGGAGACCUCACAGAACUUGCCCUAGCGCUGGUGCCAUACUUCUUGAAGCACAACGCAGAAGCUGACGCUGUGGAUUUGCUGAGCGAGCUGGAGAUGAUUGAAGAGAUUCCACGAUUCCUGGAUGAAGAUACCUACUCGCGAGUGUGUCUGUAUAUGGUCAGCAUGGUCAGUCUCCUCACCUAUCCCGACGAUGUUGCCUUUCUCAAGACUGCACACGAAAUCUACGUCAAGUACAACAAGCUGGCACAGGCAAUGGUGCUCGCUAUCAGACUCAACGACGAAGAGCUCAUUCGUCAGGAUCUCGAGUCGACAGAAGACGUGGCGUUGAAGAAGCAAUUGGCAUUCCUCAUUGCUCGACAGCGUAUAUCAAUAGAUGUGCCUUCGGAGACAAAGGAUGAGCAAGAGAUUGCUGAAUGCUUGGGAAACACACAGCUACCGAACCACUUCAAGACCCUCGCAAAAGAACUCAACAUUCUCGAGCCAAAAACACCAGAGGAUAUUUACAAGACACAUCUGGAGAGCGGACGCGGGAGCUCAGCAGCAGCGGAUUCAGCCAAGCAUAACUUGGCUAGUGCGUUUGUCAACGGCUUCGUCAAUGCCGGCUUUGGUAGCGACAAGUUGAUGCUGGUCGAGGGCGAACAACGACCAUUUGUUUGGAAGACCAAAGACGACGGCAUGCUAAGCACUACCGCCUCCCUGGGUUUGCUCAUGCAGUGGGACGUCGAAGGCAGUCUAGACAAAAUUGACCAAUUCCAACACUUGUCGGAAGAUCCGAUCAAGGCUGGUGCGCUACUAGCCUACGGUGUGGUCAACUCUGGAGUAAGGAUGGAAGGCGAUCCGGUCAUAUCCCUGCUCAGCGACGAUGAUGUCCUGCAGCAUGGAAAGCCGUCGAUGAGACUCGCUGCUAUCAUGGGUCUUGGUUUGUCUUAUGCUGGGUCCAACAGGGAGGAUCUGCUGGACUACCUACUACCGAUCGUCGAAGACCAGAACCUUGACAUGCAAGUAUCUGCUAUGGCCGCUGUCUCGCUCGGCAUGGUCUUCGUUGGCUCGUCGAAUUACCAAGUAGCUGAGGCCAUUGCAAAUCAGUUGAUGGACGAAGACCGCCAAAGACAGCUCAAGGACAAGUGGGCUAGAUUUAUGGCGCUGGGUUUAGCGCUGCUUUACUUCGGCAAGCAAGAAGAAGCGGACGUUAUCUUGGACAUUUUGAAAGCCAUCGACCACCCAAUGGCCAUGCCUACUGCAACUCUUACUUCUGUUUGUGCCUGGGCAGGUACUGGAGCUGUAUUGAAACUGCAAGAGCUGCUUCAUAUCUGCAAUGACCAUAUUGAGGACAAAGAUGAGACGAUUGGCGAGCAGCUCGUUCAGUCAUAUUCUGUACUUGGGCUGUCUCUGAUCGCCAUGGGCGAGGACGUUGGCCAAGAUAUGGUGCUCCGACAAUUUGGUCACCUCAUGCACUAUGGAGAGUCCAAUAUUCGAAAAGCUGUUCCACUCGCAAUGGGUCUCCUCAGCCCCAGCAAUCCUCAGAUGAAGAUCUACGACACCUUGUCACGAUACAGCCACGACAAUGACAAUGAUGUUGCCAUCAAUGCUAUAUUCGCAAUGGGCUUGGUGGGAGCGGGCACAAACAAUGCUCGUCUUGCUCAAUUACUGAGACAACUUGCCAGCUAUUACCACCGAGACCAAAACUCAUUAUUUAUGGUUCGCAUUGCUCAAGGUCUUGUGCAUAUGGGUAAGGGUACCAUGUCCCUCAACCCCUUCCAUACCGACCGCCAAGUGCUGUCCAGAGUUGCAGCUGCAGGUCUUCUGACAGUCCUUGUUUCGCUCAUCGACUCGAAGCAAUUCAUACUGGGCGAUGCCCACUACCUACUCUACUUCCUGGUUACCGCCAUGUAUCCGAGAUUCCUGGUCACUUUGGACGAAGAUCUGAAGCCGAUCACCGUCAAUGUCCGUGUUGGUCAAGCCGUGGACGUCGUCGGUGCUGCAGGCCGACCAAGAACGAUCACAGGCUGGCAGACACAAAGUACACCUGUUCUUCUGGCAUAUGGCGAACGUGCAGAGCUGGAAGACGAGGAGUAUAUCUGUCUGAGCAGCACUCUGGAGGGACUGGUUAUUUUGCGAAAGAAUCCGGAAUGGGAAAGCACAAAAUAAAACAUGGUCCAGUUAUGAUUGUAUCCAUAUUGUCGCAUUAGCCUCGAGACAAGGUGGAACAAUGGAUCUUGGGUCGGGCUUGUACCAAUACAAUGGGGAAUCUACCUUAGACUUGCGCGGGAGAGAAAUCCUCUGAACGGAAAGGGAUGGCUGAAAGACAUCUCAAUACAGUAGAAGUCUUGAAUUACAUAAGAUCGAAAGUCGAUUGAUUGUUU